GUGAAAUGACUGCCUUUAAUUUUUAGCUUUCUCAUAAUCUUAAUCAAUAAUUAGGUCUCAGUAUUCGUGUUCUGGAGUAAAUCAUGUCGAAGGUGGUUGGCCAAAGGAUAUCAAUAUGUCUGACCCUGAAGCCACCCAAAGAUAUCGACGCAAAAUAGAAAAAGACGAUGCUUACAUUCACGCUGUAAUGCAUUUGGGAAAUAGCAUGGAACAUAACAUUCUCCAAAACAAUGCAUUGGAUAUGUAUCAAAUAUACUACUCUGAGCUGCCUACUAUAUCGCCAGUGGAGCGGAGCAGUUGUCAAACAGUGAAUGUGUACAGAGAGCCUGGAGCUAGGAGGCCAGUGCGUUCUCUGUCUUGGCAAGCCGAUGGUGGCGCUAAGUUGGCUACUGCACAUGCUGAUGUCGACCUAACUAGGAAUCAUAGAAGUCCACAAUUUUCCUACAUUUGGGAUAUAGAAAAUGCAAAUGCACCAGAAAUGAUAAUAAGACCGCCUCAGCCAUUGCUGGAUUUACAAUACAAUCCACGAGACCAGAAUAUACUCAUCGGAGGGAUGUUUAACGGACAGGUGGGCUGGUGGGAUAUGCGUAAAGGAGGCGAACCGGCGGGCAUAUGCGCACCCCACAGUGCGCACAGGGAUCUAGUUAGAAAUGUUCUCUUCAUCAAUACCAAAAUUGGGGCGGAAUUUUUCUCAUCUUCACCAGACGGUGUAGUAAAAUGGUGGGAUACAAGAAACAUGAACGAACCUACGGAUUCCAUGAUUAUAGACAUUGUUAAAAAUCCAACCGAUACUCCUAGCAUCGACAGAGCAAUCGGGAUCUCCGCACUAGAAUAUGAACCAACUAUUCCAACUAGAUUCAUGGUGGGGACUGAAACUGGACUUGUGAUAGGAGGCAAUCGUAAGGGUAAAAAUGCCGUGGAAAAACUUCCUUCUAAGUACGAAGCUCAUCUUGGUCCGGUAUACUCACUACAAAGGAAUCCCACGUUCUUGAAGAACUUCCUUACUGUCGGUGACUGGACUGCCAGAGUAUGGAGUGAAGACUGUCGCGAGUCCGCUGUAUUGUGGACUUACUCGCAUCGCACUAAACUCACGGAUGGCGCUUGGAACCCCGUCAGGUUUUCCUGUAUGCUCAUAACGCAAUGGGAUGGAUGCCUCUCGUGCUGGGAUCUGCUGCGAAGAAGGAGCGCUCCAAUAGUGACUGCUCAGCUUUGUGAUGAGCCGCUAUUAAGACUACGACCACAUGAAGCGGGUCAACUUGUAGCUUGCGGCAGUAGCAAGGGAACUGUAUACCUAGCUGAAUUGUCGCAGAACUUGGGCACCGCUGAUAAAAAUGACAAACAACUCCUUACACAAAUUCUCGACCGUGAGAACAAACGCGAACGCAUUCUAGAAGCUCGCAUGAGGGAGCUACGUUUGAAGAUGCGGCAAGACCACGGCGUUCAGCAGGGGAAUGAUAACGACACCGCCAACAGCGAUCGCGAUAUAGAGGAGGCGACAGCUGAAUACAUGCAGAUGAUCAACGAGCUAAGCAUGCAACAGAAGCAAUCGCAAACCACAUAGACCGAAUAUAAUAACAAAGAACUGUCGUCUGUAGUUGAUUUUAUUGUAAAGACCACGGCGAUCAGCUGUGCAGCGAUAACGACACCGCCAACAGCGAUCGCGAUACCGAGGAGGCCACGGCGGAGUAUAUGCAGAUGAUAUACGAAUUAAACACGCAACAGAAGCAACCGUAAAUCGCAUAGAAGAAUAGAAUAAUAAUAAUAAAGAACUAUUGUCUAUUGCCAUAUUUUUUGUGUAUAAAGACCACGGAAGAGUACAUGCAGAUGAUCACAGAACAGAGAAAGAGGUUAGGAGGGUGAUCAUAGACCGUGUGAAUGGGAACAUCGGUUCCCAUCGGUCGCCGACUCGCUCUCACUACGCAUCCACCUAAUACAUAAUAGCCAAUCAAACGACGCGACAUCAAACAAUCGAACCAAUCAGGGCUCACACCCGGGAGCAACGACGCAAUAAGAACAAAAUUUUGGUCAAGUACUCACACAUAACUAUGGCGCGCCUGCCCAGCCCACAAAGCCAUCCUAGCUUCUUUGUUUUCCGUGCAGAUACUCUAAGAAAUAAACACGCAACAGAAGCAAUCGAAAACCACAUAGGUAAAAAAUAAAUAAAGAACUAUUUACUGUUGUCAUUUUUUUUGUAUAAAGACCACGGGUCAGCUGGUGACCGACAACGACACCGCGCCGCGCCGUCAGCGACCGCAGCAUAGAGAAAGCCACAAUUUUAUUAUGACGCGAUAAAAUAAUAGCCUUCAUUAUCACUCGAGAAUCAUGGUGCUUCAUAUAAUUUGAAAGAACUCUAAAAUAUCAUCCUAUCCAUGUCCCCAAUGCUGGGGCCAUGACCCACCACAUAGUCCCAGUUUGGAUUGCAGGUGGAUGUAAUGAAACGCCGGGACCAACGGCUUCGCUUAAUAUGCCUUCCGAGGCACGGAAGAUCUCUGUGUCAUUACGAAACUUGGUCAACUUCCACGAUUGCAGACCAGUGCCCUAUUUAUCAAAACAUACAAGUUCACAAAUUAUACUCUACAAGGAAGAUUUUACAAGUUCAAGUAAAUUACGUUUAUUAAAAAAAAACAACGUUUCUAAAAUUAAAUGCUGCUAGAUGCUUAUUGUAAUGCUAAAAUCAACACUGAAUGAUGUUUUUUCCCCGCCUCUUUGCGGUUCCUUAAAGUUUCGUUAUGUCCGCCCACAGCUUAGCUCAGAGACUCGCUGUUAUGAUGUGUACUUUUGAUUAACACAUACUUGCAGUAAUGUUUCUUUUAACAAACAAAUUACAAUGCUUGUAAGCUUUGAAAAUCAGGGCAGAGACGCUUAUAACUGCGCCAUCGAUAUCUCCUCUAAAUUUUGCCACACAGGAGGAAGCAGAAAUUAAUUAA